CUCGCAUCACCUCCCAGCCUUAGGUGCCUACUUCGGAAAAUGAAGUAAUAAGCCACCCGCCUCCGCCAUUUUGGGUAGAAUAAGGGUGCAUCCAGUGAGAGAAGGAUGCAGUCGGGGAACCUCUGGAGAAUUCUGGGACUCUGUCUCUUAUCAGUUGGUGCUUGGGGGCAGGACGAGGAUAUCAAAGCUUCUGAUGAAUUGACAAGUAUAUCUCCAGAGAAACGGUUUAAGGUCUCCAUCUCUGGAACCGAGGUAGUGGUGACAUGCCCUGAUGUUUUUGGAUAUGAUAAUAUAAAAUGGGAAAAAAAUGAUAACCUUGUGGAAGGUGCUAGUAACAGAGAGCUAUCUCAGAAGGAGUUUUCAGAAGUGGACGACAGUGGUUAUUAUGCCUGCUAUGCAGAUUCCGUAAAGGAGAAGAGCUAUCUCUACCUGAGAGCAAGAGUGUGUGCAAACUGCAUAGAGGUGAAUCUGAUGGCAGUGGUCACAAUCAUCGUAGCUGACAUCUGCCUUACUCUGGGGUUGCUGCUGAUGGUAUAUUACUGGAGCAAGACUAGAAAGGCCAAUGCCAAGCCUGUGAUGAGAGGAACAGGUGCCGGCAGCAGGCCCAGGGGACAAAACAAGGAGAAGCCACCACCUGUUCCCAAUCCAGACUACGAGCCCAUCCGGAAAGGCCAGCAGGACCUGUAUUCUGGCCUGAAUCAGAGAGGCAUCUGACGGCUCCUGAGGACACGGCCUCCCCCAGGCCCAGGUCUUGGUGUCUCCAGGUCCUGCUACUCCCAGUACCCUGGGUAAAUCUUGAACCCCAGAAGAGAAUUGUUCCUCUGCCUUCUGGAGAACUAACUCCCAGGCUGCAGCCUUAUCCCCAGCUCCCUCCAACCCGCCUUCUCUGCUGGCACUCGGUCCUGCAAUAUCACCUCCUCAUCAUGGCCAUUCACUGCCCCCCCACCAGCCAGAUUGCCCUCUGGUCAGGGUAUUUAUUUCUGUUACCCUGACGCCCCCACCAUCACCAGUUCCUUCCUACCCUUCAGAGGUAUCCUUGCUCUCUUCUGUACCGCCCCCUUGGACAGAACCUGCCCCCAUCCCUUACUAUCCCACCUACCUUUCCGUUUUUCCAGCUCUCUCUUUGGUGACCCUCUGUGGGGAUGGACUAGGUAACUCUGGUAGAGGUCCUGCCCCAUCCAUGACCUCGGCCCAGAGCCACCCUCUGCCCACAGGCCCCUGGAUGAUCAUUUGCAUUUUUACAAACGUGCUAGGCUCCUUGA